CUAACCUGGCCUGCUCCAUCUCCAACAACGAGGAGGGUGUGAAGCUGGUGCGCAUGGCCGCCACCCAGAUCGACAGCCUCUGCCCACAGGUGAUCAACGCGGCCCUCACCCUGGCUGCUCGGCCCCAGAGCAAGGUUGCCCAGGACAACAUGGACGUGUUCAAGGACCAAUGGGAGAAGCAGGUGCGCAUCCUCACCGAGGCCGUCGACGAUAUCACUUCUGUGGAUGACUUCCUGUCCGUGUCAGAAAACCACAUUCUGGAGGACGUGAACAAGUGCGUGAUCGCCCUGCAGGAAGGCGACGUGGACACCCUGGACCGCACGGCGGGCGCCAUCAGGGGUCGGGCGGCCCGCGUCGUUCACAUCAUCAAUGCAGAGAUGGAGAACUACGAGCCAGGUGUUUACACUGAGCGCGUUCUGGAGUCUAUCAAGCUGCUGUCUGAGACCGUCAUGCCCCGUUUCGCUGAACAAGUGGAGGUGGCCAUUGAGGCGCUGGAGCACAAACCACAGCCCUUCGAGGAGAACGAGUUCAUCGACGCGUCCCGCCUGGUCUACGACGGCGUGCGUGACAUACGGAAAGCCGUUCUUAUGAUCAGGUAUACACCUGAGGAGCUGGAGGAUGACUCAGACUUUGAGCAGGAGGACUACGACGCCCGCAGCAGGACCAGUGUCCAGACAGAGGACGACCAGCUCAUCGCCGGACAGAGCGCCAGGGCCAUCAUGGCCCAGCUGCCUCAGGAGGAGAAGGCGAAGAUCGCCGAGCAGGUGGAGAGCUUCCGGCAGGAGAAGUGCAAGCUGGAUGCCGAAGUGGCCAAGUGGGACGACAAUGGCAACGACAUCAUCGUCCUUGCCAAGCAGAUGUGCAUGAUCAUGAUGGAGAUGACGGACUUCACCAGAGGCAAAGGGCCCCUGAAGAACUCCUCUGAUGUCAUCAACGCCGCCAAGAAGAUUGCAGAGGCAGGCAGGAUGGACAAACUGGCCCGCGCCGUCUGA